CAGCAACAGCACCAAUCGAGAAACGGUCUCAGUCGCGCAAAGGAGAAGUAUAUGCGGCUGCACGAGGAGAUGCUGGGUCGUGAGCUCGAGCGGAGCCAGGAGGAGGACGUUGAGGGUACCGCCGGCGGGAAGCCGCGUCUUGGUCACAAGCUCCGACAAUGGAUGCGCACCUGCCAGGACAGCAAGCUCUAUAAAAUCAUGUUCUGCACCGCCCAGCCGGCGCACGUGAUAACGAUAGCAGCGGUGCUCUGCGUGACCUCGGUCGUGCUGCCGAGCUCCGAGAAGCCUGGCAACCUCGUAGCCGGUCAGCCGCACUCCCAGCUCACCUCGUUCGUCUAUCUGGCCUCGUUCGUCAUGCACUUUGGCUCCCAGAUAUGGAUGACCUUCGUUUCUGGUCUGUCCUUGUACUUCGCCCUGCCGCGGCACACAUUCGGCGAAGUCCAGCGCAUCCUCUUCCCCCGCUACUUCACCCUCAACGCCUGCCUCAGCCUCACGACCCUCCUCAUCUACGUGAAGCACCAUCCGGCCAACAGCUGGGACACCGAGAUCGCCGUACAGGUUAUCGGUAUGGGUGGCGCCUUCUUCCUGGAGCUGCUGAUCCGCCUCUACCUGACGCCGCCGCUACUGAAGCUCAUCGACCUGAAGACGAGUUUGGAGCGAGCGGCAGGCGUUGGGGCCGAGAUCGGACGACACGAGGCCGGACCCCUCAAGCACUGUCCCCACUAUCUCAAGAUCCACCGGGCCUUCCGCCGGAUCCACAUGACCAUCGCCAUGGGCAACAUGCUCACGAUGGCCUGCACCGUCUUCCACCUCUACUACAUCGCCAGCAAACUUUGCGUACUCUAAUUAGUUGCGCCCUGACGAUCUUCUACCUCGCGCCUCUCAACCCCAACCUACCCCCUU